UUGUUCGUUUGGGUCUCCUGAGUGAGCAGAGUGACACAGCAGCCUUUGUCUCUGAGCCAGAGAGACCGAGGUCCAUGGCACCAUCUAAAACUAAUCUAAAAUUCUAACCUUUUGAUAAUAAAUUGUAAAAAUGUAUAAUUUGAGCCUAUUUGUCUUCUCUCAUAAAAAAAAUCAACACAUUGGUGCCCAACACAAAGUUCGACUGGCUAAAAGUGAAGGAGAGAACUGGAAUCAGGACUGGUGGUGAGAGUUAAGCCUCGGCCUGGUCAAGGCACCGAAAUGGUUGCUCAGUGCGAGGAAAAAAUUGAGAGGCAGUUUUGAAUUCAGGAGCGGCAAGAUGGCAGCGGCAAACCCUGGCGGUUCUCCGGAUCUUCUCCUACAUCAUAUUCUUCAGAGACUGCGUUCACGUUUAGAACAUUGUCUUGAACACCUUCCCCUGGAUCUGGACUUUUUAGAUUUCAUUUGCACCCAGGAACUAGUUUUUCUACAAGCUUUGUCCGGUCAAGUUGAGGUUUGCCCUGUCCUCUUAGAUGCAUUAUGUAGUUUACAUACUCUGAUAAACAGAGAAAAGGAUAAAAUGACUGUACGUAGUGCUGUCAUUCAGUUUGAGUGGGGACCUACUGGGCGACUAAGAAUGGCUCUUUCCCCCUAUCAUCUUAACAGCCUUCUGGAACUGAACUUGUCCAUCCCAGCCAUUGCUAAAAUUUUGGGAAUGUCCAGAAGCACAGUAUUCCGACGCAUGAAUGAGUUCAAUCUUUCAGUCAAAGCACUCUAUAGCAGCCUGUCAGAUGAAGAGUUGGACCAAUGCAUUACAGACAUAAAAUCCAGGCAGCCUCACGCUGGAUACCGGAUGGUGAAAGCACUUCUACAGGCCAGAGGACACAGAAUCCAGUACCAAAGGGUUCGAAGUUCUAUGCACCGUGUUGACACAGCUGGUGUUGUGUCAAGGAUGGUUUCCUUGGGAUGCAUUGCUCGACGUGCUUAUUCCGUCCCAGGACCACAGUCUCUAGUGCAUAUUGACACAAACCAUAAACUGAUACGCUAUAACAUUGUGAUCUUUGGAGGUAUUGAUGGCUUUUCUCGUAAGAUUAUGUAUCUCGGUGCUGCUUCCAACAAUCGGGCAUCAACAACACUGGCAUUCUUCCAAAAAUCAGUCGAGAAGUUUGGUUUUCCUCUCAGGGUUCGUGGUGACCACGGAGGGGAAAAUGUGGAGGUUGCACGGCUGAUGUUUACUGUUCGUGGCACAGGAAGAGGCAGUUUUAUUUCAGGAAAGAGUGUACACAAUCAAAGAAUAGAGCGACUGUGGAGAGACCUCUGGGUGGCCGUUACAAGCAUCUACUACGAUGUUCUUCACAACCUUGAGGAAGAGGGCCUUCUGGACAUUUCAAAUGCUGCACACCUCUUUUGCUGCCAUUAUGUCUUUCUUCCUCGACUGGAGGAUGAUUUGAAUACAUUUUCCACUGCGAACAGAAAACAACAUGAGUCCCAACCAGCUGUGGGAGUUGGGUCACAGACAUCACCCUGUUCCUGUUCCAGAAAACACACAGGGCUUCCAGAUUCCAGACAUUGACUGGGAGGACAGUGGCCUAGCUUGCCAUAACCAUUCAAGCAUUGUUGUUCCAAACACUGACUGCCCAUUGACAGAAGAACAAAUGACAACUUUACAGGGCGUUGUUAAUCCAAGAGCGGCAUCCCAGUCCUUUGGUGCUGACGUCUACAUCAUGGCUGUUCAGUUUUGUCAGCAAUUCAUUUAGGAUAGAAAAGCUACAUACAGUUGCAGGAAAAACUUCUUGAAAUGUAAUCUGAUCUUGAUCACAGUGUGCUUAAACUAAACCAACUGAAAGAAUUUUCAUGGUGUUUUCAAUAACAUAAUUGCGUGGUUUCACUUUAAGCCGUUCUGAUUGUUGUUGUGACUUUGAAGAUCAGAUCCUAUUUGAUGACCAAAUUGUGUAGAAAUCAGAUUCCACAGGGUUCACCAACUAUAAACUUUGCUUAAAAAUUGUUACUUAUAGCGAAGCUUCGUAAUGUAAAUACUGAAGAAUUAGAAAGGGAAAUUACAAAUGUUGAUUCACUCAGAAAAAUUCUAAAUAGAAAAUGCUUGUUCAUUUGAAUGUUAUGUUGUAAAACAAUAUUUGACUGAAGGCUGAUGGUAGGAAUGUUUCAAAAUUAAAACAGCACAGUAAGUCAA